AUUUGCUUAGUGCUUUACCAGUGUACUCUCUUGUGAAAACUUGAAAACACGUUUCGACUCGCGGGGUUCGCGGCGUUUUACCAUUUGUAUUAACAACGGUCAACGGAAUCUCGCACUCCGCCGGUGACGAAGCGCUGUCCUCCUCAUCUUGAAACCCUAGCUCUUUCAAGGGAAAAUGGGAAAUCUCCGCGUCAUUCUCCUUAUCACCUUGGUCGUUUUAUGGUCUCCAAGCUUAACUCGAUCUUUCUCGCCCGAUAACCCGACAGAUCGCCGCAUUCUUGUUGUGCUCGAUGACGCAUCCAUCAAGUCAUCACACUCUCUCUUCUUCAGUUCGCUUCAAUCUCGUGGCUUCGUGCUCGAAUUCAAGCUUGCGGAUGAUACCUCCAUCAAUGUCCAAAGAUAUGGAAAAUACUUGUACGAUGGGCUCAUUUUAUUCUCACCCUCUGCUGAAAAAUUUGGAGGGUCAUUGGAUUUGGCUGCUAUACUGGACUUCGUUGACUCUGGUGGAGACCUAAUAUUAGCUGCGGAUGCCAAUGCUUCUGAUUUGAUCCGAAACGUUGCUGCAGAGUGCGGUGUUGAUUUUGAUGAGGAUUCCUCUGCUGUGGUCAUUGAUCAUUCUGGCUAUGCUGUCUCUGAAAUUGAGGGAGAUCAUACGCUGAUUGCAUCUGACAACAUUAUUAAAUCCAAUGUUGUCCUAGGAAGUAGAAAGAAUGAGGCUCCAGUGCUAUUCAGAGGGAUCGGCCAUUCCUUAAAUCCUGAAAACAGCUUGGUCUUUAAGGUCCUUUCAGCUUCUACUUCAGCAUAUUCUGCUAACCCCAAGUCUAAGUUGUUGAAGCCUCCAUCACUUGCGGGAUCUUCUAUCUCAUUGGUUUCAGCCAUGCAGGCUAGAAACGGUGCACGCGUUUUGAUCUCUGGGUCUUUGGCAUUGUUCAGUGAUAGAUUUUACAGAUCAGGAGUGCUGAAAGCUGGGAGCACAACUAAAUUUGAGAAGUCCGGCAAUGAACAGUUUGUUACUGAACUCAGUAAAUGGAUCUUCCAUGAAAGGGGUCAUCUGAAGGUUGUAAAUCUGAAGCACCACAAAAUUGAUGAAAAAGAAGAACCUGCAGGGUAUAGGAUCAAAGAUGAUCUGGAAGUCUCUGUUGAAAUUUUUGAGUGGUUUGGAAACAGCUGGGUACCAUAUGUCACUAAUGAUGUUCAAGUGCAGUUCUACAUGAUGAGUCCCUAUGUAUUGAAAACAAUGGCUACAGACCAGAAGGGACUAUAUCAUACUUCAUUCAAGGUGCCAGAUAUAUAUGGGGUUUUCCAGUUUAAAAUUGAGUAUCAGAGGCUUGGUUAUACUAGUUUAUCACUUUCAAAGCAGAUUCCAGUACGACCGUUUAGACACAACGAGUACGAAAGAUUCAUAACUACAGCUUACCCUUACUAUGGUGCAUCAUUCACCACUAUGGCAGGAUUUUUCAUAUUCAGCAUCAUAUACCUUUACCACAAGUAGAUGAGCUGUUUGGAGGUUUUACUUAAGCCUCCUUUAUGCCCCCCUCUUUCAACCAGCAUUACUACUAGAGAUCGUUUAUACGGAACCAUUUGGGGAUUUUUUCGCAUAUUGCCACUUUGUUACGGUAGUCAGGCUGUGUUUUAGCUGGAUUUUGCAUUCUGUGGCAGUAAAUGGAAUGUGUUACAGUUAUAUUUAGUAAUUUACACAGUAAAAAAGAAAAAGACCAUCUGGUAUGAAAUUGAUCAAUUAUGACUGGAUGAUGAGAUGGUAAGUACUAAGGAGGUGGUUGCAAGCGAGUACUUUUAUUUAACCUAAUUGCUUUUUGUGGACUUGUGCAGAUAUGCC